AUGAUUCUCAUUUCUCUGCAAGUAUUGUUAUUAUUAUUUAUAAACAUUUUAUCAGCUGAUUUGUCGAACAUGUCUAACUCACCAACAGCACUCAUAGUGGGCUACACCGGUUCCGUGGGUAGAGAACUUGUAAAAGAACUGGUCAAAAGUAAUCUGUUUAAAAAAGUUAUUUUGGUUGGUCGAAGACAGGUUCAUUAUGACGAUGAUGAAAUUACGAAUAAAACUGAACAAAGACAAAUUGAUUUUGAGAAAAUUGAUGAUUAUGCAGAGUCAUUUCAAGGAGCUGAUGUUCAUUUUUGUGCUUUAGGUACAACGCGAGGAAAAUCUGGUGCUGAAGGUUUUCGUCACAUUGAUUACGAUUAUGUUGUAAAUUUUGGAAGAAUAGCAAAACAAAAUGGUUGUAAACAUUUUCAUCUUGUCUCUAGUAAAGGUGCAAACGCUAAUUCAUUCUUUUUGUAUACCAAAACAAAAGGUGAAUCAGAACAAGCUCUUCAACAAAUGGCAUUUGAACGCCUUUCAAUUUAUCGACCGGCUAUGCUUAUGGGCGAACGAGAUGAAUCUCGCCCGCUAGAGGCCGUAGCUGUAUCUAUUGUUAAACAUACUGUGCAACGCGUUGCUCCUGAAUGGAUAACAACACCUACUGACAUAUUGGCACGAGCAAUGUGCUUCAAUACUUUCGUGAGUGGAAAAUCCGGAAAUGAAAUUUUGGAAAAUCACGAAAUAUUUCGUUUGGCUGAGACAAAACCGGCAGCUAAACCUCUUCAUACAAACGAACUUUAA